AUGGAGUCCCAUCCGGCAGCGGCGGCCAACGUGGAGGAAGAACCGGCCGAAAACGUUGGCCUAGAAGCCAUCGAGACCUUUAAGAGGCUGGAUGCCACGCAGCAGACGGAUGAGGCAAAAAAAGACCGCCAGGCCGAAACUAUAGCGUGGAAGAUUGUACUUUAUAACGACGACAUUCACAGGUGGAGUAAAAUGCUUGCCCAAACACUGUCUUGUAGCUUCGCGUAUGUCACGGAUGCGCUUGUCAGCGCAGUACCGCAGCUCAGCCAUCAGGUUGCGCACACAAUCACCGUAGAAGCACACAAUUCCGGCCAAGCAACAAUUUUGGCCACCUGGAAGAGGAAGGCCGAAUAUUACUGCGCAGAGCUCCAAAAGCGUGGACUCACUGUAUGUGCCAUACAUAACCCACCCACCGAAUAA